AUGGAUAUUAGCUCAUCCCAAUCAUCGUCCUUGAUCUGGCAGGGUCUCGUCAGGGCAACGACCGAGUUCAAUCUCUGUCCGAACCGCGUGUGGGCAGUAGCCCGCAGCCUCCCACAGCGAGAAAAGAACAUCCCUCUCCUCAUCCCCGCAUCAGACGCUGAUCUUAAACACCGCAUCCCCCAUCACCAGGGCCAUGAGCAGUGCACAUUCGACUUUUGCGAAUUUUCCCGGCGCGAUUUCACAGGCGUGCAGCAGCGCCAUGAGACACCAGGCUGCAAAUGCGUGCCUCUGCGCGGCCUCUUCCUCCCGGAUGAACUUGAGCAAGCCGCAAAGGCGGGCAAGGUCACGGCGUGGGCGUUGGAUGGGAAGUCGAUUAUCAGGCCUCCUCGGCCGUUCAUGGCGAUAUCACAUGUCUGGGCUGAUGGGACUGGGGCCGGCGCUUGGGGCCCCGGGCAGGUGAACCGGUGCCUCCAUAGCUUCUUUCGGCGCAUUGCAGAGCAGUUCCAGUGUGAAGGGAUUUGGUGGGAUACGGUCUGCAUUCCGCGAUCAAAGGCCGCUCGCACCAUUGCGAUAAAUCGGAUGCAGCAGAAUUAUGAGGAUGCUCGCGUCACUCUCGUCCAUGAUUGUUUCCUGCGGGAGUGGCAAUGGGUCGAUGAUGAUGACGAUAGCAAGAAUGCGAGACUUGCUUGCUUUGCGAUUAUCAUGUCUCCCUGGUUUAGCCGGGGGUGGACGGCUCUGGAACUGGCCAGGUCGCGUCGAGUGAAAGUGAUAUUCAAAGGCGCUUAUGGCCCAGCCAUCAAAGACCUUGACGACGAUAUUCUGGCAAAGGUGCCCGAUGAUAUCGUAGCACGGCCGGUAGCGAAUCUCAGGGCCACCAGAAUUAGUGCCGUUGACGACCUCUUGACCGUGCUCGGCUCUCGAUAUACGUCGUGGCCUCGAGAUAUAGCGACCAUAGCCGGGCUUUUAGUCGGCAUUGACAUACCCCACGAUACAACACAGCAAGACAUCUAUCAGCGCAUCUUGAAGAGGGUUGGGAAGGUCUCCCCCGAACAUCUCUUCCACAAUUCCGCGACAAUGUCUAAAGGUGGAUUUACUUGGUGUCCUACAAGUUUGGUCGACCUCGCACCGUCUUCAGGACAGACCUCUCUGAGAGUUACAGAGGAUGGGGCAGUCGUGGGCCAGUGGAGGGUACUUGGUCGCCCAGACUGGAUUUCCAGCGAGAGAUAUAACUGGAAGGGCACACAUCCUCUGGCAGAAGUCCGCCUGCAAGCUGCGCUCCAGCAACCUGAGACGCAUUGCCUUCUAGCUGAGGUUGAUUGUGAGGUUAUUAGCAGGGCCGUUCUCGUGGAGGUCGUCAAUAAGACCAAGGAUUCAGAGUGCGAGUGUGGACGAUUCAUCGGCUCCGUCUACUUUCAUCCCCCUCUACAAAGACAAGAAAUUAGUCAUGCUGACAAGGCCCUGACUCCAAAAGAGGUAGUAAUCGGUGUUGCUGACGACAAUGCAGAAUUAAAGACCGUUAGAACACGUUCCGCCUCUGACGUACCAAUUCAUCUUUCAUCAAAUUCGGACCUAGGUGAGCAGUUGAUCUCGUCCGCUGCAUCUGGUGACGCCUUGGAGGUAGAACGACUACUAGGCACUGAAGUCGACCCUAAUUUCACGGACAAAACUACCACCUGGACCGCGCUGCACUAUGCGACAUGGGGAAACCACGAGGAGGUCGUCCGGAAUCUCGUCGAAAAAUCUGACCCGAACUUGGGGGACCGGCUGGGUCAGAAGGCAAUCCACCUUGCAGCGGAGCGUGGCAACGAAAGGAUACCCAGGCAGCUACUUGAGCAAGGCGUGGAAGUAAACUCCCGGUGCUCCGACGAGCAGACGGUGCUCCAUCGAGCAGCGUUUGUGGGAUCGGAACCCGUCGUUGAAUUGCUGCUCCAAACGCCAGGCAUCAAAAUCGACGCCCAGGACUCCUUGAAGCGGACAGCUCUCCACCUGGCCGCACAAUAUGGGCACAAGGGGGCAGUGAAGAAGCUCCUCAGUAGUGAUAGAGUCGAUUUGUCGCUUCCGGAAUCCACAGGGAAGACACCUCUGCAUCUGGCGGCAGAAUACGGGAAUGAAGCUAUUGUGGAGCUGCUCAUGCCCAGGACUGAUUGCGAUCAACAAGACGCAGUAGGGCAAACGGCGCUGCAUCUAGGAGCCGCACGAGGAUACGCGACGAUUGUGCGGCUUUUGCUAGACACAUCCACCCCCAACCUCCAAGACGUCAUGGGCCGGACGGCACUGCAUCUAGCAAUACUCGAGAAGAAGAACGAGACAGCGGUCUUGCUGGCAGCGUUUGACCUCAAUUGUGCAGAUCUGCAGCAUGGGUGCAAGGAUGUCGUUGAUAUCCUCACCAAAAAGCUUGAUCCAGACCUCCCUGAUAUUACUGGACGAACGGCGCUGCAUAUGGCUUCAGAAAACGGACAUGUUCCAAAUGUCAAGUCACCGCUCCCAAAGGCUACCCUGGGCUUGCAGGAUUCAGCGGGACAGACGGCGUUGCACUUGGCAAUUCAAAACGAGCACGAAGACAUAGCAAGGCUUCUCUUAGGUUCUACGGCAGAUAUCCCAGACGACUUUGGGAAAACUGCGUUGCACCUUGCAUCAGAGAAGGGAUACAUCUCGAUCGUCGAGCUCCUUAUGGAAAGAGGCGGCGAUCCCAACGCCGAGGAUUCGCAGGGGUUGACAGCACUGGAUAUGGCAAAGAAGGGGGGCCACGGCCAUGUAGCAGCUCUUCUUGAAAAUGGUUGCGCAAGGGAAUCAAUGGCAUCGCCCUCCGGACCAUUAAAGCGGGGAUAUGCUUCAAUUAUCCAACGGGUGCUUGAGACAGUCAAUCCAGACAUUCGGCACUCGAACUCAGAGACAGCACUGCAAUUGUCAGUGCAAAAUCGCAUCCGGGAUGUAACCAUGCUGUUAUUGGAGAGUUGGAAGGGGCUUCCGGUCUAUCAUCGGCCUUCGCUGCGGCCAACUGUGGCCCGAGAAGAAUCCGAGGCUGUGAUAGAGCUGCUCCUGGAGAAAGACGCGGAUAUUGGGGCGAAGAAUAACGUCGGAUUUACCGUAUUAGAUUAUGCGGCGCUGGGGGGACACGAGGCGGUCGUAAGGCUCCUAAUCGAGAAAGGGGAGAAGCUGGGGAAGCCAACUUUGCAUUUCGCCGUGCUUGGAGGGAAUGAAGCGGUGGUGGAGCUGAUCCUGCAGAAUGGCGCAGAUAUAUCAGCAAGUUAUUCUUUUUUCUACAAAGAGGUUCUCUCUCGGACUGGCCUGAAAGAAAAGGAACACUACGAUUUACAAGAAGAUCAUGGGUUUAACCCCGCUCUGAAAUUCGCCGCGUUCACAGGGAACGGCCCCAUGAUACGACUAUUCAAACAGUACGGCGUGGAAGACGGCACGGGGGUACUGGAGUGGGCACGAUUGACCACCAACAAAUCAACACUUCAGCACGUCCUCGAAACCUGGGCUAAUCAACUGGAUGAUUGGGAUAUUAAGAAAUCGAUGUGUGCUGCGGCAGAGAGAUGCAGUGAGUCGACGAUGCGGAUGCUCAUAGAGAACGGAGGCGACCCAUUGCUCGAAGUGUCUGGAGCGAAUCUGCUUCACUACGCGGCGCGUGGGGGCAAGGAGGCGGUUGUGCGGCUUUUGAUGGAGAAGGGAGCUGAUAUCUGGGCUCGGGACGAAGACGGCGGCACCGUGUUACAUGCGGCAGUCGUGGGAGGGAAUGAGGAAGUAGUUCGGCUUCUCAUCGAAAGAGGGUUGGAUAUAUCUGCCGAAGCAAAACCGUGGAGCCUUUUCUGCGGCGACAUGGGUGGUACCGUGCUUGAUCUUGCUCUAUGCAAGGGGAGUGCGAGUCUAGUACGCCUAUUUAUCGACAUGGGAAUGGAUGUGUUCCAGCGAGGUACAAUAGGAACUCUCUUUAUUGCCACGGGAGACAAGCCACGGUUACAAUUUCUCUUGGAGAAAGUGCCAGACGUCUACGCGAAAAAUGAUCAUGGAGUGAGUGUGGCGCAUUUUGCAGCCAUCGCGGGAAACGAGACAAUCAUUCCGCGCCUGCUAGAACAGGGAAUAGACAUCUCGACACAGAUUGGAGAAGGGGAGACAGUCCUAUCCUAUGCGCUUCGAGAAGGCAAUAAUACAGUAGCAUGGUUGCUMAUUGCAAAGAAUAUAGGAAUCCUGGCAAAGACAGAUGAGGGAGUUACGCCACUACAUCUUGCUGCCCAGAAAGGGAACAGAGGGAUGGUACAAUUACUUCUAAGGAAGGGCGUUGAUAUAGCUUCCACUACAAAGGAGGGACUUACCGUACUUCAUUACGCAGCUGAGGGCGGAAACGAGGCAGUGAUCCAACUACUGAUUGAGGAGAGCGCUGGACUAGAUCUCCCCUCGGCCAAGUCGAGUGAUGGAGUGACCCCAUUGCACCUUGCAGCCAAAACAGGCAAUAAGGGAGCGGUACGUUUGCUCAUCGAAAAAGGGGCAGACGUAUUCUCGAUGUCGGAUAAUGGAAUGACAGUGCUUCACUACGCAGCCGAAGCGGAGUGUCCAACUGUGCUUCAAAUGUUUGCGGAAAAUUGGGAGCAUUAUUUCAGCGAGCAUGACAAGGCAUGGAAGGAUGUAGGAGUACUGGAAGCGUGA